UCAAAACCCUUGUAAAUAGGAUUGGACCCCGAUCCCAUCUAACACGGAUCCAUACCCUUUUUAGUUUAAAACCUCUGAUAUUCUGUCAACCCCCCAACCCCGAACUUGUUAACCUCGAAGGAGUGUUAAUGUACGAAAUGCUUAUUGGCCAAUCACCUUUUCAUGGAGAUGGGGAAGAUGAAUUAUUCGAUGCUAUACUUAAUGAACGUCCAUAUUUUCCAAAAUGGAUUGGGAAAGAAUCUGCGAAAAUAUUAUCUGCUCUAUUUGAUCGAAAUCCAAAUACAAGACUAGGGAUGCCUGAAUGCCCUGAUGGCCCCAUCCGCCAGCACUCAUUCUUUAGAGGUGUUGAUUGGAAAAAGUUUGAAACUAGACAAACAAUACCUCCAUUUAAACCUCUUGUGAAAAGUGCUGAUGAUACUUCCAAUUUUGAUGACGAUUUUACUCAAGAAAAGGCUUUGUUAACUCCAAUUCAAGACAAGCAUUUACUUGCCUCUAUUGAUCCAGAUACUUUUGCUAACUUCAGCUACACAAACCCACACUUUGAUAAUUUACAGCUAAUUUCUAAUAGUUGA